ACAUCGAUCCUAUGCCUGGUUCCGAAGGCUGAGUGGCGUACAUUCAAGUUCAGAUAUUGCAAAGCUCCCGAGACAUCCUUCAGCAACUUAGGUUACCUAUACUCGAGAUCUCUUUGAACGCUCAUCAUGAGGUUCCUCACAUUUUCUCCGUUGUUGUCUUUACAUUCUCUCGCGUCAGCGUUGCCAGUGCUAGAGACGCAAGAAGCUGCCAAGUUCCGGUAUCCGUGGAAAGACUUCACACUCAGCAACCUCGAAUCCGUCUGCCGUAAACAGGACGGAGACCAGCGAUACACUUGCACUCUCAAAUUCGAUGUUUACGAUUUCAACACGGAAGACGUCGUGGAAGUCAGCGGAGCACAUUGCGGCGCGGCCUGGCAAUGGGACGGCGUCACCCCAAACCAGGGCCCGGAUAACAACUACCCCAGUAACGGCGUCCUCUGCUGGAGCGCCGGUUCAGACGCCUUCCAGUUCAGGGUGGCAAAGUUUCGUUCCGCCUCGAACUUUGAACUCUAUAUCAACCACUUUUACAGGGACACGCGGUGAGUUUGUACCCGGGCGAACCUUGCCUUCGUACUCGCAAGUCAAUUCAUAGAUUUGUUCCCCGUUCGUUUGGCUAACG